CACAAACAUAAGGAGACGGUCUUCUUUAAAUAAGUGGGUAGUAGGCAGACGAAUGUCUCCUAGACAAAAACAAAACAGGCUUCUCUUCUCAUCUCUUCUUCCAAAGGGUUUCAACCUCAUACAUCAUCUCCACCGCCAUGAGCCACCAGAACCAACACCAGCAGCCGCCUAGCUAUGCGACGGACCCAAACACAAUGUUCGUUCAAGCAGACCCCUCAAAUUUCCGCAACAUCGUCCAACAACUCACGGGAGCACUACCUGACCUCUCCGCUUCCGCCUCACAACAGAAGCUUCCUUUCACUCCCAAGAAACAAGCCUUCAAGCUCCACGAACGCCGUCAGUCAUCCAAGAAAAUGGAGCUGAAGAUCAACAACGACUCUUUCAGCCAUUUCCACCGAGGAUUCCUCGUCUCUCCCGUCUCUCACUUUGACCCGUUCUGGGCGCGUGUGAGCCCACAUUCAGCACGUGAAGAACACCACGCGCCGCCGGACAAUGAAGAGCAAAAAGCCAUAGCAGAAAAAGGGUUCUACUUCCUUCCAAGUCCGAGAAGCGGCGCGGAGCCAGCACCAGAGCUUUUGCCUUUGUUUCCUCUUUCUUCUCCCAGCGGCACUAAUCACCGCACUGAAGAUGAUUAUCGCGACUACUAAUCAAAGUUUGUAAUCGUAAUUUUCAGUUUUACUAGGCUAUUAAAUCGUAAGCUGAUAUCGCCCGUUUGCUUUUUACCAUUUUUGUUAGGGCUAAUCUAUCUUUUUUUAUUAACCUUUAGACUUAUUUCUAUCACCACCCCUUCAUUAUUAGCUUGAUGAAAGGUCAACUAUUCCGCUGCGUCUGCGUGUAGUCCACUUCCAUUAGAAUAUCUACAAGUUUUUUCUU